AUGGCUGUUAACACUCCUUUUUUCAGAAAACCGCUGAUGGCUGUCCCCUUUGUCCCCGUCCCACUUCCAGUUGACUGGUGCAGAGAGAGCUGUUCCAAAGGAGGCAUUCCUGUUCACAGUGAACUCCUGUUUACAAACCAGGAACCCUUCUAUCCAAAGAGGAAUCAUUUGGGGAGACGACAGGAACCCUGUGGAUGGACGGUCAAAGUUAAAACUGGGAAACGACCCAUAGCAGACAUGUUGAAUGAAGCUUCAAACCCACUGGAAGAUGAAGAGAAGGACAGGGAAAUAUGGGAAGAAAGCUCUAUCGCUACAACUCUGUUAGGUUAUGAGAUCUUGAAGCAGCGGUCAAAGUUCACGAUUUAUAAGGUCCUGGUGAGGGGGUGUCAUGGAAACAGCUGGAUGAUUUUCAGAAGAUAUUCAGAUUUCUGCAGGCUCAAUGACAAGCUUAAAGAACUGUUUCCCAGCUUUGAUUCAACCCUGCCUCCUAAACGCUGCUUCAAAGGCAAGUACAAAGAAGAUUUUCUACGGGAGAGGCAGCUGGGACUGCAAACCUUCCUGCAUGACCUAAUGUUACACAAGCAUAUCUUCACAAGUGAAUCGGUGAGGAGUUUUCUCUCUUUUGCAGAUUUUCACAGUCCGUUUGAUAGUCUGGAAGAAAGCAGGGCUAUUUGUGAAACUCUGGAGGAAACCAACCACCGCCUCCAGAGGGAACUCUUGGAGAAAAAGGAAGAAAUUGGCAUGUUGAGAAAAACUCUGGAGGAGAGGGAGAAUCACAUAAAUUUGCUUAUGAAGAAACUCAGGUGGAUAUAA